GCGAGCAUUUAGCCUUGUGUUGGUGCUGGAAAAAUCGAGUUCUGCAGUACAAUUUGAAUUAUUGCGCUGCAAAGAUCCUUUUUUUUUUUGAUUGUGCGUGGGCAGAUAUCUACUUGGUUGUGAUUGAUGAUUUAGUGCUAGCUCUAGUUGGUUUUUUUUUUAGCUUGUAAUCGUGGAUCUCAGCUAGAUUUCUACUUGGUGGCUGUUAAUUUCGUGCUAGCUCUCGUUCGACCUUGUAGCCGUGGCGCGUUAUCUUGGAGACGAUAUCAUUAAGCUGCCUGCUUCUGGGUUUCCGUGGCCUCAUCCUACCAGAUUUUCUGAGAAUGUUUUUGGGGCCAAACAUUAACGAGAGAAAUUGGGGGAGGGAGUAUGCGUUUCCGGUGCAUCCUAGGGAGUCGCUGGACUAUUGGCCGGCAGAUGUAUUGAAAAGCCACAGGGACAAAUGUAAGGCACGGCUGCAGAAACUGCAAAGGGAUUACCUUGCCAUGGGAGGGGAUGAGGGUGAAGUCACAGAGAUUGACUCGGGUGCAUCUUCCAGUGACGAGGUGGAGGGAGGGGAACACUGGGAGCAGGCACAAGAGGGGAGUGAAUUGCUGUCGCAGCUGGCGAAAGCUAGGAAGAGCGUGAAGCGAAAACACCUGGAGUUGAUAAAAGAAUCCUCCCCGAAGGGACUUUUCCACUCCAUGCGUAAACGUGUAUCAUCUGCAGGGGGUGUACAGAAUCGGGCGAGGAUGGACGUGGAGAAGGAGCUGGCGGAGGACAUUAGGAGGAUAAACCAAGAGGGUCGAAGACCAUGGGGGCCGAGGAAGAUCCAGAAGGAGUUUAUAGAGAGGAUGGUAGACAUUGGGCAGGAGAAUUACUACGGUGUGCGGAACGGUGUAGGCCAUAAAGCUACUUAUAGCUGGUUCAACUCCUUCAAAAAACGGACAGGGCUGAAGAUUAUCAAGAACAUACACAGCACGAGCGUCAGGAGUGACGAGCAGCUACGGGAUGAAAUAUUUUUGACUUGGGGCCGCUGGCGUCAUUACUUGGCUAUGAUUAGGGAGAGAAUGCUGCAAAAGGAGCGGGAAAGUGGUCGACUGCCUUGGGUGGUUCGCAUGAAUAUGGACGAGACUUUCCUCCGCAGUCAUGUGGAGGCAAGGUCUGCGGUGGUGCCGGUGGAAAACCCAAAGCGUGUGAACAGAGCAUGGUCAGGAGCAAAGCAAACAACUCGAGAAGGUCACUCCGCUGUGUUGAUUGUGACAGAUACUCCUGCGGUACAGUUUCGGCCUACGUUCAUUUUCGACGCUAAGAAUCCACCCGCAGAGCGUAAGCAGAUGAUAGCGAAUAUCUGGAGCGAGGUUGCACACUUGGAGUUGGACGGGAAUGGGAAGGGGAAAAAGGUCGUGGACACGUAUCUGAUGAGUGAAAUAGUGAGGCGCCUCGUUAAAGAAAAGAAGCAAAUAGAAAAAGAGCUGGGGAAUGAGCUAGUAUUGCUAUGGAUAUUGGAUCCUUUAGGUGCGCACAUGUUGGACGACAGUACUCGCGAGGAAUAUCUGGAGGAAAAAGAAUCCAUAUACACUUUCGUGCUCCAACCGGAAACGGGGACAAAACUGCAGCCGUUAGAUGUUCAGGGGAUUAUCUCUUCUAUCAAGAACGCGCAGAGCCAGGUGGAUGAUGAGGAGAAAGAAUAUUACUCGAUGCUGGACACUGAUUUUCGAGAUUAUUUGAUAAAAAAGCUGCAGCUAUGCUCAAAAGACACCACCUUUGAUAGACUUGGUUUCUAUCUUAGCUGCGACGAAUUCGCUCCACUUCAGAGCGAAUUGCAGAAGUUUUUACUGGGUGAGCAGUGAGGAACGAAGGAGAGGGGGAGAGAGAGAGAGGGGGAAGGAAGUCUGGUAGGAUGAUGAGGCAGGAAACGCAGAAGGCGGGUGGAGUCUAAGAGAGGAAAUGAGUAGCAAGGUGAGCAACAAGCUAGAAGAUGGAGGACUUGAGGAGGAUUUGGUCGAAUUUCUGGAGGGUUCUGUCGAGGACUUGAAUGGGGAGGAGAUAGAAGAGGAGCAGCCAGCAAAGAAGCGCAAGGCUUCUAAGAUCUUCUUCCAGACUAAGUGGGAGGAUGACCAAGCUGAAGACCGUGAAGAAAAGGAAAGGGCUCUCGAAGAGGCGAAGAAGAUUCUAUGCGAGGCAGGCCUAUGGCGUUGGCCCAAGUCUGGGAAAGAAAAAACGAAGGACGAGGAUAAGCUGGCACAUGAACAGAAACAACUGAACAGGCGCAAAGCAAUAUGCGACUUUGACAGAAAGAGCAGGGCAAUUGUAAACAAAAUCGCGAAGAAAAGGCUGGAAAUUGCGAAGGAUAAUCGUUUGAGGAAGCACUUCGCUCCUGGGACAAUCGUAAAAACGGUCCCGGUCCAUACUGUCCAAACAAUGGCUAAGCAUGGUAUUUUUUUGCAGGAUUUGGAUUGUAAUAGCUCAAAGAACGCACUCCUUAGGUUUAGGAUAUAGCUAAAGUUUGUGGCUCAUAAAUUAGGUUUAUGCUCGUGGAAAGAAGGAAGAUAGAGAGUAAAUAUAGAAAGUAUAGGUAUGUAAAAAAAUAUGCCGCAUCCUGGCGAAGAAGGACAAACUAUUCCACGGCUGGUGGAAUGUCGUCACUGUGGUGACUUUUACGCGGCUCGUGGAUUAGCAUCACAUGAGCGCGCUUGUCGGGACAAACAAAUCGACGACUUUGAUGAUGCUGCUGCGCUGGGAUGUAAUUCUUAGUGUUUUAGUUGUAGGGCCCCUUCCCUGCCAGGGACAAUUGGAGGAAGGGCGCGAUGCGUUGCGAGCAGGGCUAUUUGCUCCUUGCUCCUUCGCUGUUUGGGGGUUUUUUGCUGCGAUCUGGUAGUCUUAGGGAAUCUGGGCAAGCUCCUAACCGUCCAGGCGCUAGCCUUUUGGGAGCUUUCAGGGCUUCGAGUUUCGAGCGUGGAACUGAUUCCUUAAACGCUUGGCAACGGUCCCCCUGUCAAGCGUUUAAGGAUCUGGACACGAGUAGAGUCCUCAUUUUUGUGGAUUUUUUUAAAUUUGCGCCAAGUUUUUAAAAAAACGAGUUCCCUGCCUUUUGGUGUUCUGCUUUGUCACUUUCCUGGGUAUUUUGCUUCAUUUUUUUGGAGAAUUUUUGGGCUCGCCAAAGCUAUAAUUUGCUUCCACUUUCUUCGUGGACUUGUUUCCUUUUCUCUUUACAUUUUUGCGCUGAGUUUUUUGCUGUCGUGGUGUGCAUUUUGUAUUUUUGUUCGCGGUGGUGGCUGCUUCUAACACGACUAGAAACAGCCGAUCCAACCACCGCGAAACCCUCCGGUGGUUGGGGUGGUGGCUGCUUUGGUCUCCCCGGCAUUCUCUUAAGUAGCCACCCAGCCACCAUUAAAAAAUAUAAGAUAUCUACUUUCUUUCUUUUUACUUUGGUGGUUGGGUGGUCACUUAAGAGAAUGCCGGGGAGAGAUGCCCAACCACCAAGGCGACCACCCUCGUCACGUUGCCUACGUCUACCAUUUAGAUAUCGGAUCCGCACGGGUUUCCGUUCCUUAUAUUUCAAAGCUCCUUUAUUUGGUUACCUUUUAAAUUUUUUGCUUCUUUCUUUCCAUUCUUCUCCAAUUCGUCUAAUAUUUUACGUUGUAAGUUUUGUCGUCAAAUUUGGAACUUUUUCUGGUUCAAAAAUAGGGAAGGAAAAAAAAAUCAAUCCAUCGCGUUAUCUGUUUCGAAUGGAUUGAAAUGUGUCCAAGAUAUGGAGUAUUUAGCUGAUCUGAUUAACCGAUAGAAAUCCGAACAAUUCCCCUUAGCGAAUAGAUUGAAAUAUCUCCAACGCCUACCAUCUUGGAGUAUACUUCGGAGAAAUCAAACACCCCGAGAAUCGAUUUUUUUCGCCGACUGCCAAAGUCGCCCGAUAAAUAUACUUUAGAAGAAUACUUUUCUUUUAAUUCACCUGGAGUUGAGGCGAAAAAAAUUCCUCUCGUCGGUGUUUACUUUCGCCAUUAAUUUCCCAAAAAAAGGAGACACGGCAGUAGAAAGAUGAAGAACGAACCGACUCCCAUCCUAUCUCGAGACAGUUAAAUAUUCCAUGCGCUGAAUUUUUCUCCUAUUCUUUUUUCCUGAUUCUCGUGCGUUUUGAAUAUUUUCAUAUCUACAGAAAUGGAAAAAGUUCCGACGGUUGUUUUUUCUCUAAAGUAGUCCGAUUUUCUUGACAUUGGUCACGUUUGAAUAUUCGAAAAAAUAAAAAAGUCAAACAGUUUGGAGCCUCUUUUACUACAGUCACCUGCGCACUCGAUUGAUCUCUCUACCGUCUGGCAAUGCAGUCGGCUACUUCUGCUGCCAGUUUCAUUACUUAGGCGCUGCGCGAUCAUCUUAGUAAAUUUCUACAACUGAAUAACCAAAGCAAUCUCAGACCCAUACAUUUCCACGAACUCCGCGCAACGAUCGAAGCGAAUGUCUACAGUCAGAAGAACCAAGGACCCUCGUCGCCUCCGGUGGAUGGGGUCGCCGAUCCCGAUCCGUCGAGGCUGUAGACCUAAAACGCGCGCACAGGUCUCCGAGUUGGUUCCCGCGCAUUUUUCUCCUGUCCAUGUUCUAAGGCCUGAGCGUCGUGGAUGAUCAGGAGAGAAAUGCGCGGGAACCAACUCCGCAACGUGUGUCCGCGUUUCAGGUCUACCGUCAGAAGAACCAAGGACCCUCGUCGCCUCCGGUGGAUGGGGUCGCCGAUCCCGAUCCGUCGAGGCUGUAGACCUAAAACGCGCGCACAGGUCUCCGAGUUGGUUCCCGCGCAUUUUUCUCCUGUCCAUGUUCUAAGGCCUGAGCGUCGUGGAUGAUCAGGAGAGAAAUGCGCGGGAACCAACUCCGCAACGUGUGUCCGCGUUUCAGGUCUACCGUCAGAAGAACCAAGGACCCUCGUCGCCUCCGGUGGAUCGGGAUCGCCGACCCCAUCCACCAACUCGGGACCUGUGCGCGCGUUUCAGGUCUACAGUCUCGACGGAUCGGGAUCGCCGACCCCAUCCACCAACUCGGGACCUGUGCGCGCGUUUCAGGUCUACAGUCUCGACGGAUCGGGAUCGCCGACCCCAUCCACCAACUCGGAGACCUGCGCGCGCGUUUCACGUCUCCGAGUUAGUUCCCGCGCAUUUCUCUCCUGUCAUCCACGACGGUCAGACCUUAGAAGAGGGACAGGAGAAAUGUGCGCGGGAACCAACUCCCAGACCUGUGCGCGCGUGUCAGGUCUACGGUCUCGACGGAACGGGAUCGGCGACCCCAUCCACCGGAGCCGACGAGGGUCCUUGGUUCUUCGAGGAUGCUGGAACUUUUUCCACGAAUCCGUCAGCGAAUCGCAUCGCGUACGGUGGGAAAAAGGUCGCGACAUGAAAAGGCUCGCGGCCUCUGCUUCCGCCGAUGCUGAGCAGCUGAGCUACUGAUCGUUGUCCUUUCGACCGUUCUGCUUAUUAAUUAUUGUAUUCGCCUCCGGUUCCUUUCUUGUGAUUAUGUGGUACCGAUUAGGUACUUUCGCUUCCUCGUCUUCGUUUUCAUACGAUGAGCACGGUGCUGAUUAUUGGAGAAAAAGACUCUGGGCUUCUUCCGCAACAUACAAAGAGAGAAUUAGUUCUCUUGAAUCCGAAUUAUCUACGCUUAGAAUUCAAGUAGAACGCGAAGUUCUUUUAUGUGACAAGCAAAUGACGAGAGCAGAAGACCUCGAGAAGCAAAUAAAUUCUCAACAAUUUUAUCGUCACGUAGUCAAUUGUCUUGUCAUCCUGCUCUUCGUGCAGCAUUUCCUCGCAUAUCAUCUUCAAUGGUAAUAUUUGUUAGUUUGUGUUUGAAAGUAAAAAUAUUUUAAUAUCCAAAAAAAUAUAAACUUACUUUUGUAUGCUUCUACUUCUCAUUUUUUAAACCAAACCGCACAUCUCGUCUUUUAAACUAAGGUACAGAAGCAGAGAUUAAAUCU